AUGAAGACUCACUAUUUAGAAAUUUGCUAUUCGGCACUAUUCUUCACCGAUGGUAUUUGUGAAGCAGCUAGCGAAGCUAAUUUUACUGCCAGUAAGGUAUUAAUUAAGAGCAAUGAGGGGGUUCAUACUGCGGUCGCAAAUAUUGGUGAUACUCUUUUGGAAGUUGUUGAAAAUAACGACAUCCCACUGGACGGAUUUGGUGCCUGUGGAGGAGCCCUCGCUUGCUGUUCAUGCCAUGUUAUUUUGGAGAAGUCACAUUAUGAAAGGGUACCACCACCCAGUGAGGAAGAACUGGAUUUGCUUGAUUUAAGUCCAGCUUUAGAAGAACACUCCAGAUUGGCUUGUCAGAUAGUGCUCACAGGCGAAGAUGACCCCGAAAUCACUGUUAAAGUUCCCUCAGUUAUAGUGGAUGCUCGUACAAGGGACUAG